CAGAUACUGGACAGGUGGGCGCCCGCCAGGCCCGGGAGAUGGUCACCACCAUCGAACGCCAGGCCCACGAGGCCGAGAUCUCCGCCCUUACCACCACCACCCAGCCCGUCUCCGCGCGCGCCGCCUCCUUCCUUCGCGACUCCUCCCCCGCCUUCUCCGACACCUCCACGGCCACUGCCCCCGUCUCCGCCGCCAGCGCCAGCAGCAGUGUCGACCUCCCGCCGAACGUGCGAGCAUCAUCGCUGAUCCAGAUGUGGAGGGAGCUCGAGGCCGAGGCCGUCAUCACCCCCACCAACCGCACCACCAGCGGCGGCAGCAACUCGGCGUUCGCGAGCGCCGCCGCCGCCGCCAUGGCCGAGGAGCCCUCCGGCGGCUCCGACGUCUGCGAUGAUUCGGAGGCGUUCGGGGAUUGGGAUUCGGAUAUCACGAUGACGACGGCGCAUUUGUCGAUGAGCGAGAGCGAGCGGGGCCGGGUGGGGAGCAUCGUGAAGAUGCUGAGCUUGGCGAACGCGACGCGGAGCUCGACGGCGACGUCGUGGAGCGAGGAGGUCGAGCCGUUGAGCCGGGCGAGUUCGGGUGUCUCUGAUCAUGGGGAGAGCCGGAGCCUCCGCAGCACCGGUGCGGGACUUCGGCGCUUGAGAGGGCGGCGCGACAUGGAGGAUUUGCUCGCGAAGCUGGAGCAGGAGCGUCGGUGCGAGCUCGCUUCGAUGGCCGAACGUCAGCCCGUGUCACGUUUCUUAUAUCGUGGCCGGCUCCAAUCGAUGCUUAGGCUCAGAGCUCUCCGACGAGAAGUGGCAGUCCAAGAUCAACUAGGGACUGCUUCAACAACAUCGGAAUUGGACCGAUUGCAAAGUGCAUCUCUAAUAUCAUUCCUCAGGCAGAGAUUUAAUAAUAGAGGACAGGAUGAUGGCAGUGGAGUGCUAGUUGUGGAAAGCUCAAGCUGUGUACAUAAUCAGUUCCCUAUCGACACUCAAAGUUCAGAGUAUCCCCAUUCUGCAGAUCAGUAUACUGGUGAUAGCAAUCAAUAUCAGGUGGUUCUCUCUCCAAGAGUUUCGGAAAACUCGCCACCUGAACUCAGCUCACCUCAUUCUAGAAGUGAUGAUCUACAAGAAGGAAGCCAUACUCUGGACAGUUCUUGGGAUGACAGAAGUUUAUGGGUGAGCAAUCUUGAUUGGCAAAGGCCUGUGGAUUCUUCACCCUCACAUGAGUCACAAGGUGACGUCAUAACAGAGGAAAUGGAAUCUUACGCCCACCAAAAUAUUGGAAGCAGCGAUCCUAUGUGGAGUCCUGCCAAUUCAUGGGGAGAAUGGGGAGUCAGAAGACAAGCAACAUACCGUGACUUGGGUGGAAAUUUUUCAGACAAUGAGGAAAUUCGUGAUCUUCUAGGGAGAAGAAGGGUUUCAACUUCACUUGCGAGCGACUUUUGUGAUAAAAUGAAUAGACUGAUAUUGUCAUUCUUACAGAGACAAGGACAACAAUCAUUUGAUGAUAAUUUUGCAGAAAAUUAUGAGGAACAAACUUCUGGAGACAGAAUGAUGACUUCCAAAAUGCUGAUCAAGUUGAAUCUGCAUCAUCAUCAUUGAUACCCAUACCCUAUCAGACACCACACCAUCCAGACAGUUGGCAGCACACUUCAUUCGGACACCAUUCAUCUCAGAAUUUCCUAGAAAUGGAAGCAUGAAUGAUUUGAGGAGUGAUAUGGCACAAAUCCAUUGGGAAAUUAACAAACUACGGGAGUUGGUAGAGAAUUGCAUGGAGUGGCAGGCAAGUCUGCAGCAUUCAAUUAAGCAGGAGGUUUCUGAUGCAGUUCGUCAAUCUCUUGGUCUGGGGAGUAUGUCACUUUUUUCCAAGUCGAUAACAGGAAGGAAAGGCAGUUGCUGCAUCUGCUAUGAAAUGCAAGUUGACUCACUACUUUACAGAUGUGGGCAUAUGUGUACCUGUUUCAAGUGUGCCCAUGAGUUGCAAUGGAGCAGCGGAAAAUGUCCAAUCUGCAGGUCUCCAAUUGUGGAUGUUGUUCGGGCAUAUCCUAAUUCAUAAAUUGGACCUUGAUGAUGGCACCGGCUUUGUAGUCCGAUCAAUAUUCAGGCUAUGGCAUGGAUUUUUGAAGGCAUACUCGUUUUCAUUAGCAAAAUCUGCAUAACCCUUAUUGAGAAUAGCACCUUCUGACUAUAGUGUUAACUUUUGCCUACAAUUAUACAUGUAACAUCAGAAGUUUUCUCAAUUUCCAAUCUACUCUAUAAUGUGUUAAUGAGGAUAAGGUGCCCCCUUUUUUUGUCUUCAUCAGCAUUAAUGAGGAUAAAUUACAUUCUCUCCUGUUGAGGAAAUAUUGAAAAUAAAAUUUGGCAUCCCUUUCCACAUA